CGUCAGGGUACGGCGAAGGGUACGACGUAUGGUACACGUCAAUGCGUAUGCUACGCCGUACCUACUACGCGCACCCGACGCAGAAGUAUAAAUUGGCCUUUAGAGUGGCCCCUGACCCGCGACCUUCCUCUAAGGGCCUUUCUUUUGCGCACGCGCAGAACACCCGCUGUGAGCGCAGUAGAGCCAAGAUGGCGGCGGUGGUGGAGAAUGUUGUCAAGCUGCUGGGUGAGCAGUAUUACAGGGACGCUAUGGAGCAGUGUCACAACUAUAAUGCCCGUUUGUGCGCAGAGAGGAGCGUGAGGAUGCCCUUCCUAGACUCUCAGACAGGUGUCGCCCAGAGCAACUGCUACUUCUGGAUGGAGAAACGGCACCGAGGACCAGGUGUUGCCCCAGGUCAGUUGUACACAUAUCCAGCACGACGCUGGAGAAAGAAGAGGAGAGCUAACCCUCCAGAGGACCCUUGUCUAGCCUUCCCAUCUCUAAAGCCCGAGCUGGAUCUGGGGCUUAAGAAGGAGGUUUUCUCCAGUGAUGGCAGCAGCUUGGAGGCUCUUCUGAAGGGAGAGCCACUGGAUAAAAGAUCUGGAUUGGAGCUCCGCACAGGGGAGGAGGAGCCCAGCUCUACAGAGUACUCUACUGGGGGACUAAACCCCAGCAGCAGGACCCGUAAAAAAAUUUUGGAGCCAGAUGAUUUUCUGGAUGAUCUGGACGAUGAAGAUUAUGAAGAAGAUACUCCAAAGAGACGGGGAAAAGGCAAGGGAAAGGGUCGUGGUGUCAGCAGUGCUAGGAAGAAGUUGGAAGCAGCAGCUGCUUUGGAGGAUCAGGACAGACCGUAUGCCUGUGACAACACUUUCAAACAAAAGCAUAUUUCAAAAUCUUCCGAAAGAGUCUGUGGGAAGCGUUAUAAGAACAGGCCUGGUCUCAGUUAUCAUUACGCCCACUCACACUUGGCUGAGGAGGAGGGGGAGGAGAAAGAUGAGAUGGAAAUUCGCGAACCAACUCCACCCCGACAAGACGAACCGAAGACUCCUAAGAAGGGCCCAGACGGUUUGGCUCUGCCGAACAACUACUGUGAUUUUUGUUUGGGAGAUUCUAACCUGAACCAGAAAACCGGCCAAUCAGAAGAGCUCGUGUCCUGCUCAGACUGUGGCCGUUCUGGUCACCCCUCGUGUCUGCAGUUCACUCCAGUGAUGAUGGCUGCUGUGAAAACCUAUCGCUGGCAGUGCAUUGAAUGCAAGUGUUGCAACAUGUGUGGAACCUCAGAAAAUGAUGACCAGCUGUUGUUCUGUGAUGACUGUGACCGAGGUUACCACAUGUACUGCCUCUCGCCCCCCAUGUCUGAACCUCCUGAAGGAAGUUGGAGUUGUCAUCUGUGUUUGGCCCUCCUGAAGGAGAAGGCCUCCAUAUACCAAAAUCAGAAUGCACCGCCAUCGUGAUGGCCUUUUUGGAAAGACAGACCCUCUUUCUCAUAGUUCCCUCCAAGAUUUGUUUGUUCAAUUUAAGCAAACGAAAUGGUUCAAACAGAAGUUGUAGAGGAACAGAAAAGGGACGACCACCUCGCCCAGGCCCGCAGACACAAAUGGAGGGAGAGAAAGAGAGAGGGAGUGAGGAAAAAGUGUGCCCUCCUCCUCUUAAUUCUUUCACAUCUCAGCAGGUUUGAUCUCAGUAUGACUGUUACACAGUUCCAGGUUUCAAACUACCCCUGCUCUUUGUUUUCAACUAUUAGCCCCCCACAACUAACACAGUACUUCCAUACCAAACGUCAAAGCCAGUCAGAAACAAGCUUGACCCUUACAGCAGUACAGACAUGGAGGAAGUCACUAUGAGAAAAUUAUGACUCUGUUUUUGAGUUCCUGCUCAUAUUAGACCUGAUAUUUCCACCUGUUUCUGCAGACACUGUUUAACAGAAAACAAAUAAUAAACCACGGCUUGUAUCUGCCAAAAUAAAUAUAGCAUACUCAGCCAUAUCCAAAAUACUCUGUACUGACACUAUGCUUAUCAUGGAGAGAAAUAGUUGAAACCAAUCAGCAUGCCAAUGCUUGUUCAUAAUAAGCGAAAUAGAAAAGAAACAAUAAUGUGUUUUUGUAUAUUUAUAUAUUUGUAUAGCAUAUAAAAGUGUGUUAUAUUUAAGAUCUUAAACAAUAGAAAUGGCUCAUUAUUAUGUUAGGAGUUGCUUGGGGAUUUUUUUCAUAAUGAUAGCAUCUACAUAUGCCACCGAAGCACAGAGUCUAGCAGUCAGUGUGUGAGCUCUUUACUAAUUAAUGGGUUAAUGGUUCAGGUAAAGGUAGUGAUUUUGAAUUAUAUUUUUAUAUGAUUCAUUUUUGUGCUUUUAGGUGUCAUUAGGAUGUUCAGAAAUCAGUACAAAUUGAGUGAAUGAUAGUUGUUUGAGAUGACUGGUAAAUGAGGAAUAGGAUUUAGAGAGAGGAAUGAAAAAGUCUAGUUUAAAAGAACGUCCAGAAACUAUAAUAAUUGCUGGCAAUUAAUCGAGAUAUAGAACAAUGUAUUGCAGACUACACUGAGAUCAGUUUGUGAAUGUUCAUAGUUUGGUAGAUUUUACCAAGAAUGGUGAAUCCCUUUCAAAGUAAUUCUGAAGGAUUUGCUGUUGAGUACAUGAUAGAGUCGUCAAGUGUAAGGAAAUACGUGGACAGAAACUUCAAUGCCAUAAUUGUCAUGUUUACUGUGAUUACGUUUCAUUGAUUACAGUCAUACAUAUAUGACAUGCGUUUUAUUCAUAUGCAUUCUUUUAUCAAAUGGAAAUUCAUCAAAUCAAAUUGCCAAUUGCCAGCUUGUGUAGGAUAUUGAGCAAAAGUUCUUCUGGCACUCAAAAACUGAAGGGUCUGUCUCUAGAUGUGUACUACGUUAAAUAAGAGCAUUACAGUUUUUCUGGAAAAAAAUACAAAAAACAAAAACACAGCAAUAUCCAGAAACCACCCUUGAGGAAGAGAGAUGUCAGAAUGACUGUGAGCACCACAUGGUUGGUUAGCCAGUAGGGAUGUGACGAGAUCUCGCGAGAACGUGCCGAUAUUCUUGCAAAACAAUUUGUUGUUUACAUAUAGUUUAUUGCUGUAUAUAAUUCAUUAGAAUAAAAGUUUAUUUUCAUGAAGCACAAGUUGAUUUCAAAAUGCACCUACAUUUUUUGCAUUUUGUGGUUUUCAGUUGAAUGAAAGACUGUUUUUCCUCAAUGAGGAAAUCAUUGAGGAUUUCUUCAAAAAAGUCUAAAAAUCUCAUCUCGUUCUCGUGAACCCAGUCUCGUGUCUCGUCUCAUCUUGUCACACCCCUAUUAGCCAGUAAAUCUAUUUUAGUGUAGCUUAACCGAGAGACUGAUUUUUAUCCUUUUUGGCAUCAGAUGUGUGCCAUUUAAAUUAAUUUUUUUAAGAAAACUGAAAAAAAAAAAUUGUCAUCCUUUAAAGUAAUAAUUCAGACAAAAAUUAAAUUCUGUCAUUUACUCACAAACCGGUAAAGCUUUCAUCUGUGGGACAUGAAACGUCUUGUCUUGGUCACCAUUUACUCCCAUUGUAUGGGAAGAAAAAUGUUUGGUUCCCAACAUUCUUCAAAAUAUCAUCUUUAGCGUUCUACAGAAGAAAGUUAAUCAUUCAGGUUUUGAAUGGCAUGAGGGUGAGUAAACGGUGACAGAAUUUUCCUUUCUUUUGGCUGAGCUGUCCCUUUAAUUAGGAAUUUAAUUAUGGUAGUGAAGACCGAGAGCUUUGUGAGCAAGGUUGUUCAAGUGACCCAGGGCUAAAUCCAAUACAACACAGAUGUGAAGUGUGGUAUUUGCUAAAUUUGCCAAAGCUUAGUUCGACUUCCUAGAGCAAGCUGAGGCAGAUAUACAGCCUGCUUCAAAUGUUCCCCUAUUUUCCUGUCUUCUAUAGCCAUUUAUCUCCGCAAUCCAGCCAAAACUUCCUUUGUUUAAAGAAUAAAUCUGGAGCACUGCAUGCAGAUGGCUCUUUUAACCCUGUUCUUUGUAAAUGUAUACUGAAUGAAGAAAUGAAUUGA